UAUACUGGUCAGACUGGGGUGACACCCCCCACAUAGGAAGGAUCGGGAUGGAUGGCUCCAACAGGAGUGCCAUUGUGGAGGAGAAGAUCACCUGGCCCAAUGGCCUCACGCUGGACUUUGUCAAUGACCGCAUCUACUGGGCCGAUGCUCGAGAGGACUACAUCGCAUUUGCCAGCCUGGAUGGAUCCAACAGGCACACAGUUCUUGUUCAGGAUAUCCCCCACAUCUUUGCUAUGACUCUGUUUGAGGAGUACAUCUACUGGACAGACUGGGAGACAAAGUCCAUCAACAGAGCUCAUAAAACACUGGGAAUCAACAAGACGGUGCUGAUCAGCACUUUACACAGACCAAUGGACGUCCACAUUUACCACCCGUAUCGCCAACCUGAAGUGGCCGGCCACCCGUGCCAAGACAACAACGGGGGAUGCAGCAACUUGUGUCUGCUCUCACCUGGAGGCGGCUACAAGUGCGCCUGCCCCACUAACUUUUACCUAGCAGCUGAUGGCAAACAGUGCUUGUCCAACUGCACCGCAAGUCAGUUUGUUUGCAAAAACGACAAGUGCAUUCCAUUUUGGUGGAAGUGUGACACUGAGGAUGACUGCGGUGACCGCUCAGAUGAGCCUGCAGACUGCCCUGAGUUCAAGUGCAGACCGGGCCAGUUCCAGUGUGGCACAGGCAUCUGCACCAACCCAGCCUACAUCUGUGACGGGGACAAUGACUGCCAAGACAACUCUGAUGAGGCCAACUGCGACAUCCAUGUGUGUCUGCCAAGUCAGUUUAAAUGCACCCACCCCAGUCGCUGCAUCCCUGGCAUCUUCCGUUGCAACGGACAGGACAACUGUGGAGAGGGAGAGGAUGAGAAAGACUGUCCGGAAGUGACAUGUGCCCCCAACCAGUUCCAGUGUGCUAUCACCAAGCGCUGUAUCCCAAGGGUGUGGGUGUGUGACAGGGACAAUGACUGUGUGGAUGGAUCUGAUGAGCCUGCCAACUGCA